AUGGGGGGUGUCUUAUCCCGAUGGAGGACAAAACAGUCCACUGUAGAAGUUCUGGAAGGAAUUGAAAAGGAAAUCCAGGCUCUUGAGGAAUACAGUACACAAAAUCAACGACAGCUGAAAAUCUGGGUUGGCCGCCUCCUGCUUUACUCUUCAAUACUUUACCUUUUAACAUGUGUGGUAGUGUAUUUUUGGUUCCUACCAGAGCAGUUCAUGGGUCGGCUCAUAUUAUGUCUGCCUUUUUUGUUUUUUCCUCUUCUAGUCUGGUUACUUAGAAAGUUUCUCGUGUUUGUUUUCUCUCGAAGAACAGAAAGAAAUAAUGAAAAGUUGGAGGAUCUUAAGGGACAAAAAAGAAAAAUUCUUGAGGAAGUAAUGGAAACUGAAACAUAUAAAACUGCAAAAAUGAUCCUGGAGAGAUUUGAUCCAGAUUCAAAGAAAACAAUGGAACUAGAGUCCUCCCCAGCUGGGCCCAUGAUGACUCCAAAACCAGGACAAGAACUCAGGCAUCGAAAUAUUGUGCCGAAGACUCCCACGAUGUUGGCGAAUCCUGGGAUUGCUGCGGCCCGCCCUCCGCCUGCCUCUGGGCCCACCCAUUCUGGACGAACUUCUCUCUCUGCUCCUGGAGGACCCCCAGAGAGAGGCCUGUCGGCUGUAGCUGCUCAGCAGAGCUUGAUGAGGAGGCCUGUGACCCCAGGAACACCUGUUCCAGGAGUGGGCAUGCAUCCACCUGGACCACCAUUGGCCAGACCUGUUCUCCCAAGAGAAAGAGGCACUGUGGACAGAGUCAUUGAGUAUCUGGUUGGAGAUGGUCCUGGAAACAGAUAUGCUCUUAUCUGUCAACAGUGUCUGUCUCAUAAUGGUAUGGCUCUAAAAGAGGAAUUUGAGUACAUUGCUUUCCGAUGUGCAUAUUGUUACUUUCUGAAUCCUGCAAAGAAGAUGCGGCCCCAGGCUCCUAGAUUACCACAAAGUCCAGCUGAGCACAUGAUGUCUCCCACUCCGCAGUCGCCUCCUCCUGCAGCUGACGUAGAUGAGGAGGUGCCUUUAGUCGGGAAGUGCAAACUUGGUGAUGAGUCCGAUGAAGCAGAGACUCAGGAGCCGGGGACACCUUCCACCUCCCUCAUCCCUGCCUCCGAUGACCAGAACAGCCCCAAGUCACAAGAGGAGCAGUCGGAGGAGCCAAACGCUGAGCACAAUGAAUCUGCCAUGGAGGUGGAAUAA